UCAGUGAAGUGGAACAGAAACCAACUGUUUCUUCGCAGUCGCAUGCUACAGAAGACCAGAGGUGUUAACUCCUGGAACGCAUUUGUCAAAGCCCAACUCAAGGAUGAAAAUGAAGGUCAGUGCAGAGGCGAUCGCACAAAACUUACGGCCUUCAUCGCAGAAAACAAGGCCACGUUACUCCGAGAUUAUCGCAAGCUAACCUUUGCUGAAAAGCAAGCUUACAAUGCCUGUGUUCUCGAGGAUCGCCAAGAAAAGAACCGUACUGCACGCUCAAACCCAAAGGCCGUCAAACAUGAUGUGAAUGCAGCAUUCACAUCCAUGGAUCAUGAGGUAUGUCGCAACACCACCACUAAUACAACUGAAAUUUAUCCUCAGUGGAUGGGUCUCCAUGCACGCACUGGUCUGGAGGGGUUUUAUGUGGCAGUACACGGCAGAAUUGAAGAUCUUGCAGAACCAAAGAUUUUUUUUACAGAGAAAUCUCAAAAAUUUGUUCGGGAUGUGCUAGGCAUUGAGCCACAGCAUCUCGGACUGAAGCUGGAAGCAUUCGUGAUUAGCAAGCUUGAUGAACAUGUAACACUUAACUGUCAAUGGCUGCUCAACAAACUUAUUAGUGAAUGCCGUGAACUUAUCCAAGAUAACCUUGAAUUUAUCUUAAUGGAAAAGAAUGUGUCAGGCAAAGUCAAAAUGAAUUAUACAAACUACGAGCGCGCUAUAGUAGAACGUCAUGGUGUCGAGCUAACUAAGUGGCCCUUGCCGGGGGGGUGA